AUGUCCUCCCACGACACCUCCGCCGACGGGUACUCCUACUCAACAAUCCUCCUUCUCUCCGUGACCGGCCUCUUCACGCUGUUGGCCAUCGUCGCCGCGGGCGUCUAUUUCGCGGGCUACGCCGACGACGUGGCCGAGUGGUGGGCUAAGCGGUACUACAAGGCGAAAGCGGUCGCCGAGGUGAAGUUGAUGGAGAAUGUGGGCGAGGAGAGGGUCCAGGGGAUGGUCAAAGACUCGCUGAAGAAAAACCCCGUCAUGGGCGAGGACGAACUCGAACAGGUCUCCGGCGGCUUGGGCAAGGAAGCUGUCCAGGAGGGUCUCGGCGGUGUUAGUGGCAAGUUGGGCGGGUUGGGAAAGUUGUGA